CCUCCAUUGUUACCUUAAGAGCAGCUCUCUCCAUAGCAACUGAAAACUUUUCAAGGCAGCAAUAAACUAAUCCUCUCCAGCUUCCAGAGCACCAUCAAGGAAUUUUAAAAACCUUGGACUUCCAGCAGCUAAAUACUUCUGAGGAUUCAGAAGGCCACAAAGCUAGAUACACAAGCAUUCUUUUUCCCUUCAGAAGAUUCCUCAGGUUUGAAGUUUAAGCUGUGAAGUGCAAACAACAACCCAACAUUCAGUGCAGAUCACGCGCUGCAGAAAGAGGAGAUGUGUUUUCUGACCAAGCGUCCAGCUCUUGGGGUGGUAUGUUCUGCUUUCAUAUUCAGCGUACUCACUACUGAAGGACAGCCCGGGGAAGAGCGUGGGCAGGAUGGCAGUUAUGCUCCCGGCCGAGGCUAUCUGAUGGAAGUUUUACGCGUUCUUUCAGCUGACAACAAUGAGCUCCACAUGAACCACUCACGAGAACUGGUCAAAAUGUUACUGGAGAGAGCUGAGUGUCCACAGCGGAUUUAUGGCAUGCAAGAGGAUUGUAACCUGUGCCUUGAACCAGAUGCUUUGUUAAUAGUAGCUGGUGGAGAUUUAGAAGACCGUCUCAGCGAAGAAGUAUUUGAGAGAAUUUCUCUUAUUCUUCUCUACUACAUUCUUCAUCAUAGAGAUGUGUGUUCUUCAGAACUCAGCUUGAGUAAUAAGGAUUAUAAAUUUUACUUACAGAGUAUGCUUAGUUUAAGACAUGAUGAAGACUGUUAUUAUUUUUCGCGGAAUGAAACUGAAGAUAUUUUGGCUGCAGUAAGGCAACAUUUUAAAACUUCUGAAACCCAGUGUGUUGAUGUGAGCACUCUGGAGAAAAAUGCUGAUAUAAUGGGCAGAGAUGGUGCUGAUGAAAACACACUUCCACGCCUGGCUGCUUUAAUCAUUACUCUGGCUCUCCAAGGAGUCUGUAUGGGGAAAGCAAGUUUGCCCUCCCCAGAAUUCUUUAUAAAAUAUAUUUUUAAUUCUCUAAACAGUACCACUGAGCUCCAAGUGACCGAACUAGAACAACUACUAAAUGUGCUUACAGUCAAAAAGACCUGCACUGUAAAUGGACAGUUCCACAGUCACAAAAGACGACGUUAUGGUAUGGCAAUCAGAGAUACUGGAAACAGAAAUAUUACAGUCAAGGAAAACCAUCCAAAAGGAGACUAUCUGAAAGGUUAUUUUGAAGAUGGUGAAAAGAACACAGAUUGGGACCAGGCUUGUUUCUCUGCCAAUGAACUUGUGAAGAUAUUUUUAAAAAAUAGUUCUUCCUCCAUUUCGAAGGACCACUUCAAGCAAAUCAGUCCGGCUAUCAUUCAACAACUAUUAAGUUGUUCGUGUCACCUUCCUGACUCCAAGCAGACAAAGCUGCCACCAACAACUCUUGAAAAAUAUGGUUACAGCACUGUUGCUGUUUUACUUAUUACUAUUGGAUCUAUGUUUGGUACAACCCUCAUCUUAUUUAACUCCUGUCAAGAAAUCUAUACACUCAUUUUACAGCUAUUUGUUGGUUUGGCUGUUGGUACCCUUUCUGGAGAUGCAUUGCUACACCUUAUACCUCAGACUCUUGGUUUACAUAAACAUGAAGCACAAGAGGUAGAACAUUUCUAUGAAGGGAAAGAAUAUAUCUGGAAACUUCUGGGAAUAAUUGGAGGAAUUCAUGGGUUUUUUCUGAUAGAAAAGUGCUUCUUUCUUUUGGUAACACCACGUGAACAGCAGGGCCUUUCUUUAGUUAAUGGGCACUGGGGACCUUCCCAUGAUCUUUCAGUGGAAUCUGAAUUAAAUGAACAUUCAGGCAGAGGCAAGUCUACUUCAACCAUACAGUUGAGAAGCCCAGAAGAUUGUGAGUCUGCUGAAGUUCCUCCAGAGAGUAAGGCGAUCAGCAAAAAAAGUAAGAAAAUUAGCUUGUUAGCAAUAAUGGUCCUGGUGGGUGACAGUCUUCACAAUUUUGCUGAUGGCUUAGUAAUAGGAGCAGCAUUCUCAUCCUCCACAGAAACAGGUGUGACAACGACUAUUGCUAUUUUAUGCCAUGAAAUUCCUCAUGAAAUGGGGGAUUUUGCUGUGCUGCUAAGUACGGGCCUCCCCACAAAGAUUGCAAUUUUGAUGAAUUUUAUAAGUGCACUAACAGCCUUCUUAGGACUUUAUAUUGGCCUUUCUGUAUCAACUGACCUGUGCAUUCAAAACUGGAUUUUUACUGUUACAGCUGGGAUGUUCCUCUAUUUAUCUUUAGCGGAAAUGCUUCCUGAAAUGACUCAUAUUCAGACACAGCGACCCUGGUUGAUGUUUCUCCUACAGAACCUUGGAUUACUAUUAGGCUGGCUUUGCCUCUUACUUUUGGCUAUAUACGAACAGAAAAUUAAAAUAUAAGCUUUCUGUUGGAAAUCUCGAAGUACCACUUAUGACAGUGGACAGGAUUAUUCACAAUUUUGUCAUGUCUGCUAUAGUGAUAUAUAAAUUAAGUUGCUGCAAUUUUUGUAUCUGAAUAGUAGAUAGCUAUUUCACUUUAUUAACUUAUUCUUCAGAUUUUAUAAUUAUUUUUUUUUUGUAAACAUGAAUGUUUAGAAUGAUGUUUUAUUUGUUACUGAGUUUACCAGAUCCCAUGCUCAAACUCACAGGAGCUUUAGAUUAGUUUUUAUUGAGACUGUUCUAGUUGAAUGCUCUAAGUCAGGGGUGUCAAGCUCAUUUAUACAGUCCUAAAAUUACAUUUGUCCCUUUGAAGGCAACUGUGAAGCUGAUGUAGCCCCCAGUGAAAAUGAGUUUGACACCCCUGCUAUAAGUGAUCUCUGCCAGUGUGAUUGAAGAAAAGAAUAAAACACUUUAAUAUGCAAUAAUUAAAGUGGACUAACUGUAGUUGAAUAAUUUGAAGCAGAAGUGUUUGCUGCCUCUUAGUACAAAGAAUAAAUGUAUUUUUAUAACUAAAAAAUAUAGUAAAACUGAACUGCUAAAUUACAUACAACAAUCUCAUUUUAAUAUCUGCAUAAUCUAUUUUGUCAACAUAAAGAUCCUAAAUAGACAUAUCUCACUGGUCCUCUGUGGUAGGUCAAAAUGACGAGUGUAAAUGUUGAAGUUUAUGAUCUAGAAAUCUGAGAAUGCACUUUUCUGGCUGUAAUAUCAUUUCUCAAAUGUGUGAUGGAAUCUGUGACAGUCAAACAUUGGACUAUAGUAACUGUCAGAGUAAGCCACUUCUGCUUUAUCCCACUUCUGAUGGUUGCUCAUAGCAAAUGCUUAAGAAUGAUUAUAAAAAAUAUGUUUAAAUAUAUUUCCCUGACAUCCCUUCCAGGCUCCUCAAAUCAAGGGAUUCCUUGAGCCAGAUGUUGCUUCUGAGCCAUCAUGUUUAAUGAACAGCAAUAGUGCCUUCCUGUCAGCAAUUAGCUUAUUCAUACAAAUGUGAUGUGCAUUGUGGAAAGAGCUUUUUCAAUUGUCUAAAGUGCAUGAAAUUGUGCUUUCCUAGGGCCUCACUCCUAUCUUGAGUGAUAUUUGUGUAAUUAGUCCUCUUGAUUUCAAGGGAAUUCUGCAUAAGUUAAAAGAUGACUCAUUUAAUUUAGUAUUGUUGAAUCAAGCCUGAAACAAAUAUACAUAUUCUGCCCCGAUUCUGAGAUGCUGAGCAACAUGCAGGAGGUACUGAGCAACACUCAGCUGUGUGAUUUCUAUUACUUACAUGCUAUCAAUUUUUGGUGUAAAGACUUCCCCCCAACCUAAUUGAUAUUUUUAUAUGAGAAUUGAGAUGGAUUCUUUCUCCUUCCUCUGAUGAACUGUAGAAACAGAGAAAGUUACAGAACAAACAAAUAUUCUUUAUGCAGCAAGCAGAUAUUUUCUUUUCCUUGUCUUAACUCAAGCGUGAAAUAUGGAAACAUUAUGACACAAUAUGACUGUCUCACAAUG